GUUAACAACGCAAUGUUGAACACCAUUUCUAACAUUUCUACUUAAUAAAACCGGUUAAAUAAUAGAUCUAAUGAUUUUUGUAAAGUAAUAAAGGUGGUCUAGAUUAAACUAAAGCUUUGAACACACUGAUAUUCUGGUGUUUAAUACAAUACUAUUAGGAAACCAUUUAUUUCAGUACUAACAAAUUUAGAUUAGAUACAAAAUAACGUAAUAUAUAGAGUAAAUAGAUAGAGUAAAAUUUAAAAUAAGCUAAAGAAAUAAUGCAGUGUUGCAUCAGUGUUUUCUUUUUCUGUUUCAUAAUUACAGGAUCUUUCAGUGAAGAGAAAGUGUUUGCGCAGAUUGACGGCUACCUACCAGCGUGUAGGGGGUGCUUGCGGUAUGGGAAGGGCGCCCUGGUGAUCUACGGCACCAUGCACCUACCAAGUGUUCAACAAUUGGAGGGCAACGAAAAGUCGUUCGUAUUUGAGUUGUGUAACCCGGAGUUGAACAGCCACAAACACUGCAGGAAUCCUCUAGAUUGGUAUCAGUUAUGCAGUUUCCGGUCCGUAAUCUAUACCGGAUGUAGCGGCGAGACUAACGUUACGGUCCGCUGCGCCUGCAGUAAAACUUCACCAAUGCGAUUCUACGCCAGAAUUUCGCGCGUGCUUUUCCAAAGUGACAUCGGCCAACAUUAUAUGGCGCGAAUUCGUUUCGGGGAUGCUCGCUCAAACGAUUCAGUCCCCGACAGAGCGGUGUUGAAAAUUAAAGAUGUGAUUGAUCAAGGUCACAUGAUCGUUGUAAAAGAUUUUCAUCCACCCCCUCAAGUUGACGACCCGGCAAUCGCUGAUGACGAUGGAGUCAUUCACUCCAUCGACGGUUACCACCCGAUGUGCAUCGCCUGCAUGACAUUGGGAGAGAGCGGGCUCUCGUUCUACGGCACGAUGGCGCUGCCUAGUAUGGAUCUGCUGCAGUUCCGCUUCAGGAUGUUCGCCAUUGAAGGAUGCACGUACGCCCAAGAACGCGCUAACAAGUGCGAGUGGAAGCUGAUUCAUUUUUUCCGUAAAGAAUUCUAUACACAUACCUGUACCAGAACUGGAUAUAUCAUAUACACCUCAUGUUACUGCCAAGGCGAUGAGCUUAAAUCAUUCGUCUGCACAAUUCCCAAAGAUCUUUUACAAGCCAACGACACCAGGUUGUCUUUGAUACGAAUACGUUUUGGGUUGAUAGAGGACGAAACUAUACAUAGUCAUGACCUAAACGUCUCGGAGAUUAUUCGCCGUGGUCACAUAACUGUGCCAUCUGGUUUCAACCACCAACCCUAUUCAAAUGGAGUCGCCAAGGUCAAACCCACUGUGUCAGAUGGAAUGGUAUCCCACAUAGACGGCUACUACCCCCGAUGCCCAUACUGCAUGAUCUAUGGACUGGACACGCCGCUGAUUUAUGGUACUAUCCACAUGACGGACCAGGACUUCCUACGGGACCACGACAAAGGGUUUCAUGUGGAAACUUGCAUGCCGGGAGAUUCACAGGGAUGUGAUCAAUGGUCUAAAGGCUGGACAAAGCUGUGCAGUUUCCGCAAUGAAUUCUCCACCGGCUGUAUGAUGCCCAUGAAAACUACCAAGCCCCAUUGUUAUUGUAUAAACACUAUGCCGAAACGCUUCUACGCCAAACUUCCGUUACACCUCUUCCAACAAGAAAAUGGAAAAACUCUUCAAGUGCGCGUGCGUUUCGGAAAGACCACUGAUGUGCUUAGUUCCACUAUUACAGCAAGGAGUUUGCUCAAAAUGGAGGACCUGAUAAAGAGAGGGCAUUUGGUGGACGUCGCAACAUUAGUUCCCAAGUCGGGCGUACUAAAACUUCCCAAGGAUAAUAGCAUACAAGGUGUUAUCGCCACAGUUGAUGGCUACUUGCCAGCGUGUCCUGGUUGUGUCGAAUUCGUCGUGUACGGAUCUUUGUACAUGCGCAAUACAGAAAUGUUGGACGACAAUGAUAAACACUUUUACCUUCAGAUGUGCCGCGCAGAGAACUGUGAAACCGACACCAUUACAUGGAUUACUUUGUGCAAGUUUAGAGAGGAAUUCAUAUCAGGUUGCGCUUCCAUGAAACAUAUAAGUGAAGAAUGCUGGUGCGAAGAUUUUAAACCAAAACGAUUUUAUUUUAAACCCAAAGCGAGUUUCUUUCACGGAUCCAGUUGGAAAGAGAAUGGCCAAAAAGCUAUUUUUCGUAUUCAUUUUGGGACUGAAAAAGAAAUUCUUCCCAUCAGGGAUACGUCUUUACUCGAAACAGCUGAUUUCCUCGAUCGGGACCACCUGGUGUAUUUUAAAGACAAUGGCAUGAAAGAAACGUCAAGCAAUAAGAAUAUGGUACAUGUCUCAGGUACAUUCAACUUUUGGACUUUGUACACGUUGAGAAUUUGAUUCUUUCCUUGAUUGAUAAGUUACUGAUUCUAACGUUGUUGAUUGUUGCUGUCGCUGUGAGUAAAAUCAUAUUGUGAUAGGGUGGAUCGUUCAAUGUGGAAAACAACACACCAAAACAUGAAGUAUAGUGUCAUGAACUUGAUAAGGACUUUGUGUGUCUAUAAACAUUUUACUUGGUUGAAUUAUCAACUGUUAAAAAUUAAUGAAAACAUCAUAAAAAUAAAUAUACAUAAUAUUCCGAAUAAAACACAUUCAU